UAAAUCAGAAGCAGCAAAUUUGUCCUACUCUCAUAAUUAUUCUUAUUAUUAUCAUUAUCAUCUCGAUUUCAGAUCUAUAAAAUUAACCCUUAAAUAUUUGUGUCUGCUGUUGUGAGACUUUAGCGGUAUUUUGGCGUCUUGAAUGCAGCAGGCGUGUGUUUUAACAGCACUACGGCGGAUCACUAGCGCUCGUCCAGCACAAGGGAGUGACACACAAACACAAUGGAAGGACAGAAGCAGCAUUGAUAAGACCGCUAUUACAUCUGUGUGCUAAUGAAGCGGCACUAAUGUGGAUCUGCUAUAUUUGAAGUGCAGGCCAGUGAUGCAGUGAGAAUCGAUAUCCGCUGUGAUAAAUGCAUCCGAAUCUGCAGCAGGGGCAUUAGGGAGUUUAUUAUCUUUAGAUUUGAGAUCUGCAAUGGAUUUCCCUUACGAUCUGAAUGCGCUUUUCCCCGAGAGGAUUUCAGUGUUGGAUAGUAACUUGAGUGCAGGUCGGAAAGCGUAUGGGAGACCAGAUCCUCUUCCACAGGUCACCACAAUUAUAGACGAGCUUGGCAAAGCUUCCUCUAAGGCCCAGCAGCUGCCUGCGCCUAUUACCAGUGCUGCAAAGCUCCAGGCCAACAGACAUCAUCUCUACCUCCUGAAAGAUGGAGAACAGAACGGAGGCAGGGGUGCUAUAGUUGGAUUUCUGAAGGUUGGCUACAAGAAGCUCUUUUUACUUGACCAACGGGGGGCGCAUUUGGAGACCGAGCCAUUGUGUGUGCUGGAUUUCUAUGUGACAGAGACCCUGCAGAGACAUGGUUACGGCUCCGAGCUCUUUGACUUCAUGCUGAAACACAAACAGGUGGAGCCUGAGCAGAUGGCGUACGAUAGACCAUCGCCUAAAUUCCUGUCAUUUCUUGAAAAACAUUAUGAUCUCAGAAACAGCGUGCCUCAGGUCAAUAACUUUGUGGUGUUUGCUGGGUUCUUCCAGAGUAGAUCAGGAACACCUCCCUCUCCUCUGACGGAUCAGGGGAUGUAUGGAUUUUUCGGUCCAAUUGAGAAAAGUUCCCCCAAGAAAGCCAGAGGGAGAGAUCAAACCUUAUUCGCUAAUGGAAAGAGAAGUGGUUCGGGAGGAGCAGAGGGUUCUCCCCUGGCCAUUUGUUCGCCCCGGGGGUCCCCCCCACUCACCCCCUCUACUUCCGUCAUCUCCUCAAUCCCGUUCUCUCAGUGUGGGAUCCUCCCCCAGCCGGGCUCCGCUUCGCCCCGCCGCGGCCCCGGUCCUCCAGCAGGGUCAGACCCCCUCAUCCCCGCUCAACGACAGCUGCAGGGCAAGACGCACCAGUCAUCAGGGUCUAGUUGCCAGGAGCAACCUCUACAGCCGACAUUUCACCAGCCGAGACCUUGGACAGUUAUUGGCGGAACGGCAGAAGCUUCCAGUUGUCGUGUGUGUUCCUCAGGGCUCAGAGUGUGUGACACAGAGGCAGAGGCAGAGGAACACAAACGCACUUCUGAAAGACCUCAUUUUCAAAGCCAGGUUGUGUCUCUUCCGAAGCUUGCCGGUUCCCAGAAAGAUGAUCUUCAGGAUCAGACCUCCAUAGCGGAAGAUCCACACAUUGAGCCGAAGACCACUAAAGUGUCGCAGAAAACAGCAGACGACUGGAGGAAAAGUGAAGCGUCUGAGCUCUCGAGGGCUGGAGGAAGAGGCGGAUGGUCUUGGACGGUUGGAGAGAGUCGCUGUACGGCUCAAUGGGUCCGACAGAAACAAGAGUACCGCAGUACACGACCCUGGUGAUGGGAUGCCAUUAAAAUCAUAAAUACAGUGGGGGAAAUAAGUGUUGGACAUGUCACUUUUUCUCAGAAAACAUAUUUCUAAAUGUGCUGUUGAUCUGGAAUUUUUACCGGAUGUUGGUUACAACCAAAUAAAUCCAUACAUGCAAAGAAAACAAAGCUAAUUAGUUCACAAAUUAAGUUAUGUGUAAUAAAACGAAGGGGAAAAGCAUUGAACACAUGAAGAAAGGGAGGUGUAGAAAGGCAGGGAAAGCCCAGACAGCAGCUGAAAGCUCUCAGUAAUUAUUCUCAGUAGUUACCCUUCGUCAUUGUAAAUUCAUAUCAGCUGCUUCAGUCCAACAUCAACAUUAUCAGGAUGAUGAAGAUGAAACCAGAGUGUUCAUUUCAUCAAGACAAUGAUCCAAAACACAGCCAAGGAAACUCUCAAAUGGUUUCAGAGAAAGAAAAUCAAGCCGUAGAAUGGCCCAGCCAAUCACCUGAUCUGAAUCCAAUAGAAAAUACAAAAUAAAGAUCAGAUUUGAUAGACGAGACCCACAGAACUAUCAAGAUAUUUACGCUCUGUUGAAGUCUAUGAAAACUAAUCACACCUGAGCAGUUCAUGUGACUUCAUUCUUCAUAUUAAAGGCUUCUUUAAGCUGCCAUCACCCAAAAAGCAUAAAGUAUUAUAUAGAUUAAAGUAGUUCAGAUUUUUUCCUUGUCAUUUCAUUGUUAUUACACAUAACUCAUUUUCAGGCGCUUUUGGUUUUGUUUUUAUGUUUGUAUUGUUUGGGUUUUUACCAAAAUCUGGUUCAACAGCUUCUUUAGAAAUAUUAUUCCCAGGAAAAAGCAUGACGUCUUCAAUACUUAUUUCCCCCACUGUAGUUGCGUCUAAAAGCAUAUACUACAUUGAACUUGAAUUUACUUCACGACUGUUCGAAAAAUAGUACGAAUACGACUACUACAGCGUACUACAUCUGCCAUUUUCUCAUUAUCAAGACCUACCUCCUUAAAGUACGUCCCUUCACCCUCAUGUAUAAAAU